AUGGAACCAGAGAACAUCACACAGGUAUCAGAAUUUGUCUUCGUAGGGUUCUCACAGACCUGGGAGCUCCAGAUAUUCCUGUUUCUGAUCUUCCUAUUUGUCUAUGUCACCACCGUGGUGGGGAACCUGCUUAUCAUGGUGGCAGUGACAUUUGAUUCUCGGCUCCACACACCCAUGUAUUUUCUGCUUCGAAACCUGGCUGUCAUAGACCUCUGCUACUCCACAGUCUGUUCCCCCAAGAUGCUGGUGAACUUCUUUGAUGAGAUCAAGACUAUCUCCUUUGAGGGUUGCAUGACUCAGAUCUUCUUUUUUCAUGUCUUUGGAGGUGCAACUGUCUUCUUCCUCUCAGUGAUGGCCUAUGACCGCUAUAUAGCCAUCUCUCGACCUCUCCACUAUGUCACCAUCAUGAACACUCGAUUGUGUGUGGGGUUGGUGUUGGCUGCCUGGGUAGGGGGCUUUAUCCAUUCUAUUGUCCAACUGGCUCUGAUGCUGCCAUUGCCUUUCUGUGGUCCUAACAUCCUGGAUAACUUCUACUGUGACGUUCCCCAAGUGCUGAGACUUGCCUGCACUGACACCUCCCUCCUGGAGCUCCUCAUGAUCUCCAAUAGUGGGAUGCUGGUCCUCAUCUGGUUUAUCAUUCUCCUGAUCUCUUAUACAGUGAUCCUGGUGAUGUUGAGAUCUCACUCAGGGCAGGCGAGGAAGAAGGCAGCAUCCACUUGCACAACACACAUCAUUGUGGUGUCUAUGAUUUUCAUUCCCUGCAUCUAUAUCUACACUCGGCCCUUCACUCCCUUCCCCAUGGACAAGACUGUGUCCAUCAGCUACACAGUCCUGACCCCCAUGCUCAAUCCCAUGAUCUACACUCUAAGGAACCAGGAGAUGCAGGGAGCCAUGAAAAGAUUAGGCAAACGCCUGGUGGUUUGCAGCAGGGGUGGACUUUAA